AUGUCACCAAUUGCUCCUGAUAUACCCUAUGCUUCUACAGAUUCAAUUCAACGUGCUGCUCGUUUGAUUGAAGUAGCAAAACAGCCUCUUGUUUUAUUAGGCAGCCAAAGUACGCUACCACCCACAUCAACAACUCAACUCGUUGAAGCACUUGAAGCAAUGGGUAUACCCUGUUUUUUGGGAGGGAUGGCAAGAGGUCUACUAGGAAGAGAUAAUCCAAUUCAAAUGCGUCAUUGUCGAAAAGAAGCAUUGAAGGAAGCCGAUGUUGUUAUACUAGCUGGCACCGUUUGUGAUUUUCGCUUGGGCUAUGGUAAAAUUCUAUCGAGAAGAUCUAAAAUUAUUAUUGUUAAUCGAAAUAAAUCAAAUUUAUAUCAAAAUAGCGAUAUUUUUUGGAAACCGAGCCUACCCGUUCAUGGAGAUCCAGCAAAUUUUAUUUUACAAUUACGAAAAAUAUUGCCAUCAUCAUAUAAAUGUUCAAACACCUGGGUAGAAAGUUUAAGAGAAAAAGAGAAUGUGAAGGAGCAAAGUAACAAAAUUAAAUCUUUAGAAUCAACAGAAAUGCACUUAAAUCCCUUGAGUGUGUUACAAACAUUAGAAGAACAUCUUCCUGACAAUGCUAUUCUUGUAGCAGAUGGAGGUGAUUUUGUGGCCACUGGAGCCUAUGUUUUAAGACCGCGCUCGCCUCGCUCAUGGCUUGAUCCGGGAGCAUUUGGUACUUUGGGAGUUGGAGGUGGCUUUGCUUUAGGCGCAAAGAUUGUUCGCCCUGAAUGUGAAGUAUGGAUUGUGUAUGGAGACGGUUCGUGCGGGUACAGUCUGAUGGAAUAUGACACAUUUUUGAGACAUAAGACUCCCAUAAUCUCAAUUGUUGGUAAUGAUGCUUGUUGGAAUCAAAUAGCUCGUGAUCAAGUGCCAUUAUUGGGCUCAAUCGUUGGUUGUACAUUAGAGUUUACAGACUAUCACAAAGUUGUUGAGAGUUUAGGUGGCGUUGGUUUCAAAAUUGAUCGUACAAAUGUUGAUCAGAUAAAAAGUAUUUAUGAACAAGCAUCAGAUUUGAAUCUUCAUGGACAAAGUGUACUAAUAAAUGUUCUAAUUGGAAAAACAAAUUUUCGUGAUGAUAAUAGUGGUUUCGCUGUAUUAUUAGUAGUUUUUUUAUGUGUAACCACACAUGAUGUUGUCGACAUUGGUACUGAUGUAUCAAAUGAUAUUGUUUUUAUACCACUAGUUGCCGAUGCUGAAAAAGAAUAA